AUGUCUACCAAACCGCUAUCACCAAUUCGCAAAGCCUGGUACCAAUGGAAAGCCCUGCGUCUUCCCUGGCGCAAACGCUUCUUCGUCGGUCUCGAUCUCCAAAAUAAUUCCUUCUGGGAGUUCCGCGACGCUAUAACCGCAGGUCGUAUGCGCAGAAUAGUCCAAACACCAUCCUCGAUUCAAUAUUCAGAUGUAAAAAUAAGUCCCCAGUGGCAUCAGUGGCUACGGCAUACACGCGAAGAUCCACCUAGUAUAGAAGAAUUGGUGGGAGAUUUAGCGAGGCAGGAAAGAUUAAAGGUACUAGCUAGACAGGCUGAUGAGAGAUGGAAUGCGAAAGCGAGUUUUCUGGAUCAGCCAGCGACGAGGCAGCAGGCGUUGCCGGCCACGCAAGUCAGAGAUGGAGGGGCGUAUACGGGAACGGAUCCGAGGGGGGAUGGGAAGGGUGUGGCAAAUGCUAUUGCGAGUGAGGCUGGGAAGGUGGACGAGAGUGUGGUUACUACGGAAAAGCCGGCGAGUGAUGAAAUACUUUAUGAUGCGGCGACACAGCCGAGAGAGGAGAAGAAAUAUAAGGAUGAUCCAUGGAAGAAGGCAAGAGGAGGACCAAGUGAAGAGUGGCAACCUCAGGCCUGGAAUCCGAAUGAUAUGCCUGCAGCUCGAAGAUAA